UACAAGAAAAACAAACCAAAUCCUAAAAUUUUCAUUAUACCAUCAAACAUUAAUUAAUUAAUCUCAAAUUAUGGUGAAGUCCAAGAUCAUUGGGAAGUUAUUGAAGGCUCAAUAUCUUCAUCAAUUGAUUCUCAAUUCCAAAAAAAUGUCAAAUAAUAAUGCUGCUACUACUACUACUAGUGAUCAAUUUUCCGUCGAAACGCCACGUGGCAAGACAUUAUUGGUGCCAAAUGAUGUGAAAGAAGGACAUUUUGCUGUUUUUUCAGUGAAUCCUGAAGAGGAACGACAAAGGUUUGUGGUGAAUUUGCAUUGGCUAAAUCAUCCAUCUUUCUUGAAAUUAUUGAAAAAAGCUGAAGAUGAAUAUGGAUUUAAACAACAAGGUGUUCUUGAAUUUCCUUGUCGUGCCGAGGAAUUACACAAGGUUCUUGCUACUGGAUGUUCGAACUAAAGUCUCACGUUAGUAGAUGAAAAGAUAUUUAAGAAUCUACAUAUAUGCUAGGCCUUGUGCUCAACUAUUAAUAAAUUUACAAACUUUGAUUGUGUUAUUCUUCAAUUAGACUUAAUUAUUUUAAUGACAAUGUUACAUCUUCUAAAGUAUAUGUAUUAGUGUUGAUCAUGGAAUUGUCUGCUU